AUGGAGAGCAAAGCAAGCGUGGUGUUCCGUCUUCUUGCUGUGAAACACAAGUCCGGUAAAAGCCAUAGUGAGAUUGCGGAGGAGACAGGACUGACCAAUGUGUACGUAGGUCAGCUAUUGCGGAGGCAGGCCCAACUCAAGCCUUCUACUGUCCCUAAACUUAAGGCUUCACUGCCGGAUCUCACCGACGACCUCAUCCAGGAGAUGAUGAAUCCUCCUAUGAGGUCUUACGACCCUGCCAUUAUCAGCGAGCCUGCUAUUUACAGAUUGAAUGAAGCCGUUAUGCAUUUUGGUGAGAGCAUUAAGGAGAUCAUCAAUGAGGAUUUUGGUGAUGGCAUUAUGUCAGCUAUAGACUUCUAUAGCUCCGUGGACAAAAUUAAAGGUGUGGAUGGGAAAGAUCGUGUUAUUGUAACAUUUGAUGGGAAGUAUCUACCACAUUCUGAGAUGAGAGUCGAGGAUAUGGUGUCAAGGAUAAAUAUAAAAGGAGGACAAAGCCAAAAUGUCCACUCAAUAGAAAGAGUUUACUAA